UUGGUUCGAUGGAAUAGUCAUUGCAUUACGAGUUGAUUCAGUGUGCCAAAGCAAUGUAACCGUUUAGUUCGCGGGAAAAUAUUAUCAUUAAUUUGUUUGUUUCUUUUAUGGAAAGUGCAAUGGUUAUUGUAGAGGAAAGUGACUUUAGUGAUUAAGAUUACAGUCAAUUUACACGCCCCUGUUUUAAUGAAAUCCGGAUAUUUUCCCCCCUAAACCGCGUAAAUCUUUAGUAUUUAAACCUCUGCUUUCUGUCUCUGACAAUCAAAACACUGAACUGCCGCUUUCUCCAUCUUUCUUCUUAUAGGAUCUACUGAGUUAACAUCGCGAUGGCCGAACGAGUCCACCCGGCCGAUUCUCCACCCACCUCCGGCGAAUACCCAACUUCAAAAGCAGCAACUUCGUCCCCCGAGAAACCUGCUCCACAACCUGGAACUUACGUCAUCCAAAUUCCCAAGGACCAAAUCUACCGCGUCCCUUCUCCGGAUAACGCGCGCCGCUAUGAGCAUCUAUCCAAACGGAAGGCUCGUCGGAGUAGCUGUCGCAGCUGCUGUUUCUGCUUGUUGAUUACCGUCAUCGUCCUACUCCUCGUAUCCGCCAUUGCUGCCGCGGUGAUUUACUUCGUUUACAAGCCCGAGUCUCCAAAUUACUCCGUCGAGAACGUUGUCAUCAAGGGAUUCAACUUGAAUUCAUCAUCUCCGAUCUCUCCUGAAUUCGACAUCACCGUCCGGGCACACAACCCCAACGACAAAAUUGGCAUUUACUACGAUAAAGGCAGCUCCGUUGAAGUUUACUACGAAGACAUUAACCUCUGUAGAGGCGGGUUGCCAGCUUUUUACCAGCCGACGAAUAACGUAACGGUGUUCAAAACAGCUUUAAAGGGCUCUGCAAUUGAACUAACAAACGGCGCGCUUAGGGCUCUUUCCGACCAGCAAAACAAGAGAGCGGUGCCGUUUCGUUUGAAGCUGAGAGCGCCAGUUAAGAUCAGUGGGUCCUUUAAGACGUGGAAAAUUAAUGUUAAAGUGACGUGCAAGAUUACGGUGGACAGGUUAACGGCGGCGUCCAGGAUUGUAUCAAAGGAUUGCGAUUAUGGAGUUGAUCUCUGGUAAAGAUUGUAGCAAUUGGUACAGUUAGAGUGUUUGGUUGCAGGGAUAGUGCGCCAUGAAUGUAAUAUUUUAUUCUAUAUACAUAGUAGUGGCAUACA